CAGCUAUCAGAGGGAUCAAGGACUGAAUGAAGAAGUGAAGAGGCUUUACAUUGAUAUUCUGUUGAAACCUUCGUUAUCAGUGAGUUAACACUUUAAGAACUUCUAUAAAGAAAAUGAGAAACUGAGAGCAUGAGAGGCUGUGUCUUGUCCAAGAUUGUACAGGAGACAGGGAGAACCUUUGGAAAGGCUAAACACGGAAUGAAAUGAGGCAGAGCAAUUCCAGUUAGCUGGGGCUGAGAGAAGGAAACAUAAGAUCUAGUCAAAAUGAAAGACGAGAAAACACCUCAGGAAAAUCCUAUAGUUCUACGAAGUAAAGGACACUUACAAAAUGAAGUCCAUGAUCUUGGAGGCCAGCCAAAGAAAGAAUAUGGAAGUGAAGAAAAACUUUCACACAACGCAAACCUGCGACAACAUUCCUCAGUUCACUUUUCUACAGAAUAUUCAUCAGAGCCAUCAAACUCUGACAUGUCUCCCAAAAGUUAUGUGUCCAGCUCUCUAAAUACAGGACUGACUACAUCUUCAGUUGCACAGAAAUCUUCUAGAUCAUCUUUGGCAAAUUUUUGCAGAACUGACAAUAUGAGUAGUGGCAGCCCCUCUGCCCCUGUGCUCCAGAAGCCACAUUUUGCAGUCCUUCCACCUCAGCCCAAUAUGUUAGGAGAAGGGGAGGACUACUUUCACUCUUUGUUCUUCGACUCAAAGAGGCGCCUUGCACAUUCCGAAUUCCCUGAUAGAAAUAAAACUUUGUCUCAAGAUGAGGCCAACAUAUCUAAAUCCAGGGAGGCAUGUAAUGAAAACGAGUGUUCUUUUUCAAGAAAAGAAGUAGGCACUUAUGGAGUUUGUGCUCUUGGAGACAUUAAAAUAGUUGAAGUAAGUGGCAGUGGUUUGUUUGUGAAGAUAAUUAACUCUUCUCCUGACAAAGAACUGGCCAUUGGAGAUCAUAUUCUCCAACAAAACGUGAAUGGCCAUGCAGUCUCGUUGUACAGAUUCCACCCAAAUAUUAGAAUGCCAGCUAAUGCCACAGUAACCGUUUGGGCAGCAGCAUCUAAAGUAAAGCAUCAGCCACCAUCAGAUUUUCUUUGGAAGGAACAAGACAAGUUUAGAACAAGUCCCAACUGCACAACCAUCCUCUGUAAACCUAAUGGUGAAGCUAUUGCUUGGUAUACUCCUAUCCACUGGAAGCAAGCUUGGGAGGGAUUUGACACUGACAAAAAAUAUGCCAGAAGCCCACUGGCAAUUUCAUCACCUAAAGUACAAAUGAAUCGAGAAACACCAUCUACAGUAACCAAAGCAAAACGAGAUCAACAAACCACCACAAUUCUGGAGGAACAAGUUCGAGUUUUUCUUAAGAGAGAAAAAGAAAUCCCACCAUCUCUUUUCCCCAAUUGCAGCCCAUGGGGCCUUAGUCAGAGCUGUCCUAUUCACCCCAAUUAUUCUCUGUUCAGACCACUUACUAUGAACAAUGAUGGGAGCACCUUGUGCAGACAGUCAAGGACACAGUCAGCUAGACCUGACCCAAUACCAGCCCCCUACUCUUUGACUGCUGGAACCCGAAGAAACAAAAACACAGGCCACCUGAAUCACAAAAGUGGGAGGAGAUCAGCUCCAUCUUCAGGGAGUCCAAAUGGAAGAGGAAUUCCUACAGAUGAUGAGAUCCUCCUGAUGUUCCUGUGAUAUUGCACUGAUUGCAACAAGUCCCAAAAUACUAUAACACAUCUUCGGUGCGAUCCAUGGCCUCUCAAAAGUGAUUCUUCAAUCCAAUGACACUGGCCUCCUGGAUGUUACCCAAACAAGACAC